AUGGGGUUUCUCGAGUCCGCAAGGGGGUUCUUAUGGACCCAAAUCAAGGCUCUCAAGCCAUCUUUUCUCAGCAAGGACCCGCAUUUCAACUUCAUCUCUGUCCAUUACUUCUGGAUCAUUGGCAUGACUAUCUUCGGCUCUAUUCUUUUGUACGGCACUGGAAAGGGCAAACUUGCCUAUGUGGAUGCGCUCUUCUUUGCUUCUGGUGCCAAUACACAGGCCGGCUUGAAUACCGUUGAUAUGAACACAUUGAACACAUUUCAACAGGUCGUCCUUUACAUCAUCCCUAUGAUGUCGUGCCCAAUCACCCUACACGGAUCGGUCGUUUUCAUCCGACUCUACUGGUUCGAAAGACGUCUACAGAAUUAUGUCCGCGACGCUCGGAACCGUCGAGGCACCCUGUCUCGGUCUAAAUCUAUGGGUGGCGACAACUCUCGCCUCGAAAGAGGUGUCAAUGGCAGAAAAAUCACCAUUCUCCGAGGAUCGGGGAAGCGCAUUGCGAACGACGGUAGUCCGCUUGAACCCAGUGAGCUUCCUAUGAUGGCUACUCCAGCAGGCCCGUCAGACAGCGGUUCUGCUUCGAAAGCUUCCGACCGGGACAGUGAUAGUACCGUGGGCAAAAACCAACACGCCGAAGACGACGGCAUUUCUCGCCCUUCAAAUCAACAUCACUCGAUAUCUUUUGCCCCGACUGUCACGAGGAGUGAUGGAGCUGGACAGGACGCUACCAAGUUCCCCCAUCACGUCGAAGAUGAUGACGACGAUGACGAGCAAAUGCCCGCGCUUGAGAGGCACAAUAGCGAAGUAUUGCGCAUUCCGAACCCCAGAGAGGCCGAACGUGGUAUUGGACCGAAGCGAUUGGAGGUUGGAGAGAGUACCCCGGAUGAGGAUGAGGAGGACGAAGAGCACCACACGGGUAAAGCCAAGAAACCCUCGAAGGCAAUGAAUGAUAACAAUAAAGGCCAGGACCAGGAAGAGUUGCCGGAUCCUCUACGGCGCAGGAACCCUGUCAUCACCAUCGAAGAACCAGAUAGGCAUCACACACUCCACCACUUGCACCACGAGCCGGAAAGAAGCGCGAUGGAUGACUUUGCUGAUGAGGCUAGAGCCAUUGGCAACACAUUUAGCCCAUUAAGGUUCCGGAAACCCCGACUAUUCCAGUCCAAAGACAAAGUGCAUCAUGCUGACAGCAACGAUUCGGAUGAAUCGCAAUCAAGGGGAACAAACAUCUUCGCCAAGAUCCGAGAACUAUUUGGACGUAAGGAGGUGGAGGAGGCGCCAUAUCUCAGUUGGACUCCGACUACCGGCCGAAAUUCCAAGUUUCCGGGGUUGACAUUGGAGCAGAGAGAAGAAUUGGGUGGCAUUGAGUAUCGUUCGUUACGAACUCUCGCCUUAUUGCUGGUCAUCUAUUUCUGGGCAUUCCAGGUCUUCGGUCUCGUUUGCAUGUUGCCCUACAUUAAGAACAAAGAGAAGUACGGCGCCGUGGUAGAUGCCGCUGGAGUUUCCCGGACUUGGUGGAGCUUCUACACCUCAAACUCGUCUUUCAUGGAUCUCGGGCUCACGCUCACACCCGACAGCAUGAUGUCCUUCCAUACAUCUACCUUUAUCAUGAUGAUCUCAUGGUUCCUCAUCAUUGCUGGGAACACCGGAUUUCCCAUCUUCUUGCGCUUCAUGAUUUGGGCUUUUUCUCGCAUCGUUCCCCGCGGCACCGGUCUUUGGGAAGAGUUGAUGUUCCUUCUGGAUCAUCCCCGUCGAUGCUUUACCCUACUAUUCCCUUCAAACGCGACGUGGUGGCUAUUCGCGAUCCUUGUGGGCUUGAAUGUUGUCGACCUCAUUUUCUUCCUGAUCCUCGAUCUUAACAAUCCUGUGAUCCAAGACUUGCCCUGGAAUAUUAGGAUCGUCGAUGGCCUUUUCCAGGCAGCGUCCACGAGAACAGCUGGAUUUUCUUGUCUUCCUCUCAAUUUACUCAACCCCGGUGCCCAGAUGCUCUACCUCUUCAUGAUGUAUAUCUCCGUCUUCCCGACCGCCAUUUCGAUGCGUGGAACGAACGUAUACGAGGAGAUGUCAUUGGGCAUAUACGCCCCACACGCCGAGGACGACGCAUUCGGAAUGAGCACAAUGAACUACAUCAGCAGUCACUUGCGACGCCAGUUAUCUUUCGAUAUGUGGUUCGUGUUCCUGUCGCUCUUUAUUCUGUCUAUUUCCGAGGCCAGUCGAUUGGAGAAGAGGGAUUUCAGUUUGUUCGACGUCUUGUUCGAGGUGAUUAGUGCGUACGGCACUGUCGGGUUGAGUAUGGGCUACCACACGGUUGACGCGUCGCUCUGCUCCCAGUUUAGCACAGUCGGAAAGCUCGUCAUCAUCGCGACGCAGAUCCGUGGUCGUCACCGUGGUCUACCAUACAGCCUCGAUCGUGCGAUUCUGCUUCCUAGUGAGUCUCGUUUCGCCAAGGAAGCAGCGGAGCCCGGACCAGGGUUGUUGCCAAGGACGAGCACGGCCGUGUCAACGGGCUCGGCUACCGGCCUCUCCCGGCGUAUUUCCACCACGACAAGGCCGCGAACGAUUGAGCGACCUAGCACCAGUAUAUUUGCACAGAUCUUGCAACCUGGACCCAGCCUCCCGGCUAAGAUGGACCGGAGAAUGUCUGUCGAGACUUUGCCCUACGAUCUUCCCCUGCGGAGGGCGGCCACGGUGGCAGCCUCGGAUGAAGACGACGAUGUCGAGAGCGUCCACCCUGUGACACGAGCCAAGACCUACACGGGAAGCUCCUCCGCAGUGAGGCGGGCGUCUUUUGGAGGAUAA